GAUAAUAUAUAUUACGUAAAAAUUGUAGAAGAAAAAAGAUCUUGUAUUAAUGUAAUCUAAGAGAGCUGUCCAUAAAGUCAAGACUGGUUUUCCCUUUUAUCCUACGCAUCCCUCGAUUCUCUUAAAGUGGGCACCUUUCGCCGGCUUCGUAGUCUCAGAUCUCCUGUUCAACUACUACCGACAGUCUCUUAUUUGACUGAUCUAAGUUCUUGCUCCACUUCGUCGGCGACCGAAUUUUAGAAACAAUUUUCAAGGGAUUGAACCAUGAGCUGCUUUGGUUGUUGUGAAGAGGAAAGUGUCCACAGAACCGCUGACAAUGGAGGUCAACACAUGGUUAAAAAUUCAGCAGGGAACAAUGGAGUUUAUCAUGCAUCUGAAAUUGCAUCAAAGAGUGCGCAAACUGUGAAGAUUCAGCCUAUUGAAGUCCCUGAGAUUCCAGUUGAUGAACUAAAGGAAAUCACAGAUAAUUUUGGUGCUAAUUCUUUGAUUGGAGAAGGUUCAUAUGGUAGAGUCUAUUAUGGAGUUCUUAAAAGUGGGCAGGCUACAGCAAUCAAAAAGUUAGAUGCCAGCAAGCAACCUGAUGAUGAGUUUUUAGCCCAGGUUUCCAUGGCAUCAAGGUUGAAGCAUGAAAACUUUGUUCAAUUGCUUGGUUACUGUGUUGACGGAAGCUCCCGUAUUAUUGCCUAUGAAUUUGCAUCCAAUGGAUCGUUGCAUGAUAUUCUCCAUGGGAGAAAAGGUGUUAAGGGAGCUCAGCCAGGUCCUGUUCUAACAUGGGCUCAAAGAGUAAAAAUUGCUGUAGGAGCUGCCAAAGGGCUUGAGUACUUGCAUGAAAAGGCUGAUCCUCACAUCAUUCAUCGUGACAUUAAGUCCAGCAAUGUGCUAAUAUUUGAUGAUGACAUUGCUAAGAUUGCAGACUUUGAUUUAUCUAAUCAGGCUCCUGAUAUGGCAGCUCGCCUUCAUUCCACUCGUGUACUUGGAACCUUUGGUUAUCAUGCUCCUGAGUAUGCAAUGACUGGGCAAUUAAAUGCCAAGAGUGAUGUGUACAGCUUUGGUGUUGUGCUGUUGGAGCUUCUGACUGGGAGAAAACCUGUUGAUCAUACUUUACCCCGUGGUCAGCAAAGUCUCGUGACAUGGGCUACACCAAAACUUAGUGAAGACAAGGUGAGACAAUGUAUUGAUGAAAGACUUGGAGGAGAUUAUCCUCCGAAGGCCGUCGCAAAGAUGGCCGCUGUUGCUGCAUUGUGUGUGCAAUACGAAGCCGAUUUUCGGCCAAACAUGAGCAUUGUUGUUAAAGCUCUUCAGCCACUGUUAAAUGCACGACCGGUACCCGCUGCUGAAAUGCCUCCAGGCACUUGAUGUAUGAGGUUUUUUCUUUCUUUACUUUCAAAUAUGUUAAUGUCUUCUUAUUUAUAUCCUCUCUUUUUUUUUAGGGUAGUGGGGUUGAUGCAUAUCAUGGAGAAUUAACUUAUAAUCAAACACAAAUCUAUUCAUCCGAUAUGAUAUUACAGGUGGUUUAUAUGUGA